AUGCCUCAGUACAGAGGAAGCGUUAGUUUUUCUCAUUUCUGAUAUUUCAACGCCCAUAAUUUCAAGAGAGAAGUGAUAUCGAUUCACGUCGGCCAGGCUGGAGUUCAGAUCGGCAACGCCUGCUGGGAGCUCUACUGUCUUGAGCAUGGCAUUCAGCCAGGUAGGUCUUAUUUUGAGAAUGCCUUUAAAGGUGUGUUCCGAUCCAAUGCUUGCUAUUGGGACGGUCAAAAAUUCACCUAGUUGCUAACAGGGGAGGUAUUUUUAUUUUACGGUUGGGAAUGCUCUGGAACUUGGCCAGAAUACCCUUUGAUGUACCAGGAUACAAUUCUGAAAGUAUCAACCUGCGCAAAUUUCUAGUUUUCGAGAUCUUGUGGGGUUUUUUUGAGGGCAUCCGGAGGAUGCCUUCGAGUAUUUCUAUGCGGUGAAAUUUGAAAAAAAAUGUCGAAAGAACAUUCCGAUGGACGUGAGAAAUACAUCUCAACUCAAAGGCAAUCUUUACUUCUUGAAAAAAAAAUUAUCCAGAAGUUCAUUAUCAAUGAUUUUCCUAAGUAAAAAGCUUUCAAACGCCCAAAACUUUCCAGCUAUGCACAUUCACCUAUAUAAAUUUUUUUCACUUCAUUAGGAUCUGAAUAUAGUUUGACAUAUAUUCUGAACAAUUUCAAAUGUGUUUUAACUGUGAACCUAAAACGAAACCUUUUCCCGCUGGGAGUUUUUGAAAAUGAGCUUUUUGGGAAAAUUUUUUUUAGUUGAUUCAGAUGGUAUAUGCUCCCAUGUCACGGUCAUCGUAACGACAACACAAAAAUUUGAUUCGACCAGAUAUGUUGGUCUUGAAAAAUUUUAUCAGCAAAAAACUUCGAAAAUUUCUAUCCCAGGGCAUAAACAAUUUUUUUUUCACCCAAAACUUUUUAUUUUGUUUUUCUCUGGAGUGAACCCAACAGAUGGUAAAAUGGAUGCCGACAAUCUUGCUAGUUUUUGAGCCAAAAAAAGAGAAUAAAAAAAGUUACUCCGGAUUUUUUUACUCAAAAUAACAUGUUUUUUUGGAUUUUUUUCGGGUCUUAGAUGGAAAAAAAUCGCUGAUCCAAGUUUAGCUCAAUAGAUAAAAUAUUUUUAUUGUGGUUUUGAUAGAACCGAGAAAAAAACGCCGGGUCAAAACUUUACAUGCUGCCUGUGAAAUUUUUUAAGAAAAAUUUCUCUAAUGUGAGCGAUAAUGAGCAAGUAAAGUCUGUUCAGAUUUUGAAUGUCAAGUCGCCGCUGAAGCUUCGCCCAUAAUGGUGCAAUAAACCAAUCAGAGAGCGAGCCAUCCACAGAGUGUUUUUGAAUGACGUCAUUGCACCUGAAGUUCAAAAUCUGAACAGACUAUAUGAGAUUGAGAUAUAGAUUUUCGAAGGUUUUUUCCGUAACUUGAAACAAAAAUACGGCAAUGCUCGAUUUUAUUUUUGCAGCUUAUUUUUCACCGUGUAAACAUUCCCAAUAUUUCUCCACACCUGCGAUGAAAUAUAGUUUUCUCGAAUUUUAAGAUGGAACUCGGAUCGACGACCCAACUUACGACGAAGAAACUGAAGCUUUCAACACGUUUUUUGCGGAAACUGCGGGUGGGAAGCACGUUCCUCGCUGCUUGUUUGUCGAUCUUGAGCCUACAGUCGUCGGUUCCCUUCUAGUUAUGGGAAUUAAUUUUAUUUCAAUGAAUUAUCAGACGAGGUCAGAACCGGCACCUACCGCAGUCUUUUCCAUCCGGAGCAACUUUUGUCCGGAAAAGAAGACGCCGCGAAUUGCUACGCUCGCGGACGCUACACUAUUGGUCGUGAAAUGAUCGACGUGUUUGACUUUUGAUGAUUGCUGAUUAAUUUGGAUUCAGGUGGUUAUGGACCGAGUGAAAAGACUUACGGAGAACUGCAACGGCCUUCAAGGUGAGCGCACGACGGUUUCUCGAAGAGAAUCAGAAUCUUCAAAGUAUACGCCAGUAAUUAAAAUGCGCUCUUAUGAUGAAAGUAGUUUUCAUUGGGGAAAGUCCGAUAAGCUGACUUGAGAGUUUCAAUCUUUUUAAAUUUUUAGAGACCAUUACAUUUGACUAGGCUAAUUUCAAAAAAAUGGAUCUGAAAAAAUAUUCAUUAUUUAUUAGUAUUGCCAGAUAAACCACGUCCUCAAAUAUUCAAAACACUUCGAUUACGGAAAAAUGUGGGGUUUGAGUCGAGUUACGACGAUUUUAGUGACGCUUCUUAAAGUCUAUGAUUUGAACCAUGGCAAAGAAAACUUUAAUUCCAAAUAAUAGUAAAUCAAAAAAUUCCUAUCAGGCUUCUUGGUGUUCCAUUCUUUCGGUGGAGGAACGGGAUCUGGUUUUUUAUCUCUUCUAAUGGAACGGCUAUCUACCGAGUAUGGAAAGAAACCAAAACUCGAAUUCGCCAUUUACCCAGCUCCGCAGGCCCGUUUUCUUCCGAUGUCGAAGCUGAACAACGGUUGCAGGUCUCAACUUCAAUGGUCGAGCCGUACAACUCGAUCUUGAUGACCCACACCACACUGGAACAUUCCGACUGCACGUUCAUGGUUGACAACGAGGCCAUCUACGAUAUUUGUCGCAGAAAUCUUGAUCUCGCCAGGUUUCAACUUUUGAGAAAAAGAAGGAUUAAGAGUUGGGAGCUCUUAUUCAAAGUUUUACGGGAAUUCUAUUUAGUUUUUCUAGGAUGUGAGUUUAAAGCUUCUAUUCAUCUUUAGGUGCUUAAGAUUGAAGUUUCAAGUGAAACUAUCUCAAUUCCAAGGAAAAACUCAGUUUUAGGAGCCUAUCUUGUUUAGAAUUAUUCUUGAAUAGGUCAUAUUGAAUUUUUCAGGAAAGAUCUUUGAGUAGCCUGAAUUAAUUGAUAACUGGUGAAGAUUUAAAAACCCGGGCUAAGACUUUUAACGGAGCAUGAGAGUUUUAUAGAGUUCUGAAGAGAAAUAGCCGUUUCCAGAAUUCUUUUAGGUCUUGCAAGGGCUCCUAAAAACCAAUGUUAGGUUUUUUAUAAAGUAUUAUAGGUUAUACUAAAUAUUAGAAGACCUUCUGAAUUCAUGAUAAAAUGCAAUUCGUUUUUCCUUCAAAUGUGUUAUUUGAAAUUUUAGUUCCGCAUAAAAGAAAGCUUCGUUGAAGAAGACUGAGAAGGAUUUCACCUUUUUAAUGAAUUCAAAAAAUUGAAAACAAAUUGAAAAAUGUAUUGUCAGCUUUGAUAGAGAUGAUUCGUGGAACGCAUUUUUCCGAAUCCCGAUCUGGAAUUAUGAUGUUUUCUAUACAAAAAAAUGGAUUAAUAUUGAAGGAAAAAAAGUCGAAAGAUUCUUUGACAUUAAUAUGUUCUUUUGAUUUUGAGAAAGCGUAAAUCCUUCAUUAUUCAAAGUCACGGCGGUUUUACUGAAUCUGAACCUCUUCCAGACCAACCUACACAAACCUGAACCGGCUGAUAGCUCAAAUCGUUUCGUCGAUCACGGCUUCGCUCCGCUUCGACGGAGCCUUGAAUGUGGACCUGACAGAGUUUCAGACCAAUUUGGUGAGCUUUCAAAAACGUAUUUUAUAUGAAAUAUAUACAAAAAAGGUGCCAUAUCCUCGGAUCCACUUUCCUCUGGUGACGUACGCUCCACUGGUUUCGGCGGAGCGCGCUUCUCAUGAACAAAAUACAGUAGCCGACAUGACCAACGCUUGUUUCGAGCCCGGAUAUCAGAUGGUCAAGUGCGACCCACGCCGGGGAAAAUACAUGGUCAGCCUCUUAAUCGAUGCUAACUUUAUCAAACUUCCUUUUCAUCUUUGUCGGUUCAGGAAACUGUCGUUCAGAGAGGGAGAUCCUCACGUGUUUUUGUAUUGUGAAAUCUCUAUAGCGUUUUUUCUCUCAAGUUAGGGUGAAUAAAAAGUUAAAAAAAAAGUGUCUCAUAAUCAUUUUUAUUACUUUUUCUCAAUUUUUAAUCGGAAUAGUUAUAUGUUGAUCAUUAUGGAACUUCAAAACUAUCAGACUAAUUCCAGGCCGUCUGUUUGUUGUAUCGCGGUGAUAUCGUGCCGAAGGAUAUCAAUUCGGCCAUUUCUGCAGUCAAAACAAAGAGAACCGUUCAAUUUGUGGAGUGGUUAGUUUAAUUUUUUUUUUUGAAUAUCUGAAUAGUCGAAUUACUCCAACUCGGAGCACUAUUUUCGAACGGGGAAUGACUCUAAUGAAGCGCAAUUUGGAAGUCUAAGGAUUAUCAAUUUUUGAGUUCAUUUUUCAUUCUGAAUCGCGAGGCAUUGAACUUUUCUCGACCGCCGUGUUUCGUUUUAACUGGUUUUAUAUCUUUGCAGGUGUCCCACCGGCUUCAAAGUAGGUAUCAAUUAUCAGCCGCCGACAGUAGUUCCAGGCGGCGACCUUGGAAAGCAGAGUCGUUCUGUCUGUAUGAUCAGGUUAUAGAGAAUACUUUCUCAUUUAUUUCUAUUGAGAUUUGCAGCAACACAACGGCGAUCGCUGAAGCUUGGGCUCGUUUGGACCACAAAUUCGACCUCAUGUACUCGAAACGGGCUUUCGUUCAUUGGUACGUCGGGGAAGGUAAUUAUUUUAAUACUUUCCGGAAUAAUCAAUUUUUUUGAAUUCUCUUCAACAACUCUUCAACAUUCAUUCUAGAAUGGUAAAAGAAACUGUUUAUUGCGUCUUCAAUCUAAGAAUACAUUUGCAAUCGACCUUCAUUGAGUUACUUGUGUUUGAACGGCGGCAGGAGCUGUGGCUUAAGCAGAAAUUGUGAAUUUCGCUCGUAGAACAUCAGGUACAAUGAGAGCGGCAAUGAGACCGACUAUUCGACGAUGAAAUGAAAUAAUAAUGGGGGUUUAGCAGAAUUUUAUUUUUGAUUCCAAGUUUUGGCCUAUGUCUAGCUCUAGUAAGACCGUAAAACACAAAUUCCUCUCUCUAGUAAGACCGUAAAACACAAAUUUUUCAAUGAGAUGCCAAAAUAGUAUUCUUAUAAGGUUUAUCAAGCCAACAGCUCCUGAAAAUGCAAAAUUUUUUUGGUUCUAACUUGAGGAGAUCGUAUGUUUAAAAAAAAAAUGAUUCUUGAAAAGUUUUAGUAGGUUACUAGAAAUAGGAGGGACCAAAACUAAAAUUUCAGGACUAAAGAAAAUGAUAUUAGGAUUCAAAACGGAAAAUAAGUUUCCAUAACCUGAGAAAACACUACCCAAAUAUGUUAUAUGGAACAUUAUCGCUAAUUGGUUCCCUAAAAAAGGCAAACGAAGUAUUCCAUUCAAUGUUGGUUAUUUUGAGGAAUGGAAGAAGGCGAAUUUUCGGAAGCUCGUGAGGAUAUGGCCGCGUUGGAGAAAGACUACGAGGAGAUUGGAGAGGACGAGAUUCCCGACGACAUCGACGAGGACCAGUCUUACCGUUCCAGGACUUCAAAUUCGCGAGCCUCCAGGGCUUCCCGAAACUCUCGUUAUUGA